AUUAGCAUUGUAAAUUUAUACCUGUGUUGUACUGUAUUUGUUCUGUAUUCCUCCAUUAUCCUCGAAACUUUUACCUAUUAGAUAGUAUUCAUUAUGUCUUCAGCUACUACUAGUUCCACUACUUCAACUAAUGGAAAUUCUGUUAAUCCUCCUAGAAAAUUUAUUAAACGUCCUGAUGAUAAAGCUUUAAAAUCUCAAAUUGAUUCAUUAAAGGAAGAAAUUAAGAAAUUAGAUUUAACUAAUAAUGAAUUAAAUGCUCAAAUCAAUAAGACCCAAAUUGAUUCUUCUACUAAUGAAAAGAGAAGUGAAUUACAAACUCAAAUUAAAGCAUUAAUUACUAAACAAUCAACUGUUAAAAAUGAAAGAAAUGCAAUUAAUGAACAAAUUAAAAAUAUUGAUUCACAAUUAAAGAAGAAAAUUACUGAAAUUCAAUUACAAACUUCUAAAAAUCAAUUUAAAACUGUUGAAGAAAUUGAUAAAAGAAUUGCUUAUUUAGAUGAAUUAAUUGGUGGUGGUGAAUUAAAAUUAGCUGAUGAAAGAAGAUUUGUUAAAGAAAUGAGUUCUUUAAGAAAAUUAAGAAAAGAUUUUGGACAAAUUGAAAAGAUUCAAGUUUUAAUUGAUCAAGAUAAGGAAAAAAUUGCUGCUUUAAAGAAAAAAUUAAGUACUAUUCAAUCAAAAGAAUUAAGUAAUGAAUUUGACAAAAUUCAAAAAGAAUUAGAUCAAAUUAAUGAAAAUAAUAAAUCUAUUAUUACUAAAAGAAAUGAUUUUAUUAAAAAGAGAAAUGAAAUUAAAAAGCAAAAGGAUGAAAAAUAUUCUGAAAUUAGAAAAUUAAAGGCUGAUUUUGAUGCUGAAUAUACUAAAUUUAAACAAACUUUAGCUUCUGAAAAGAAGAAGAGAGAUGAAGAAAAUAAGGAAAGAAUUCAACAAGAAAAGCAACAAAGAUUAAAGGAAGAAGCUGAUAAACAAUUAAGUGAAGCUUCAAUUCCUGCUUUUGAAACUGAAAUUAAUUCUAUUCAUGUCUUAUUAGGUCAUUUUGAUCCAACAUAUGUUAAACCAAGUACUAAUUCUUCUAAAACUAAUGGAUUUUCAACUUCUCAUAAUUCAAUUAGAACCGUUGAAAUGCCUGCUGAUGUUGUUGUUCUUAAAAAGGAAAAAGAAGCAUUCUUUGCUGGUUCAAAAUCAUCUAAAAAGGCUAAUGGAGCUGCCAAUAAGAAGAAAUCUAAGGGUAAAUUUACUGUUGAUCCAGAAAUUAUUGUUGCUUUAAGUGAUUUAUCUAUUCCUUUCCCAACUAAGGAAGAAGAAGUUCCAAAUACCAUUACUAUAUUAAAGGAAACUCUUAGUGCUUUAUCUGAUAAACAAGAAGAACAAACCAAACUUAAUAUUGAAAAGGCUAAGGCUAGAAUUGCUAAAUUACAAGCUGAAGAGGCUGAAAAUGAUAAGGAAAAUGAAGAACCAGCUGCUGCUACUACUGUUGCUGAAGAAGAAGAAGAAGCCAAUUAAAUUAACUCAUUUCUGAUCUUUUUAAUUCCUCGUAAAUAGUAUUUAAUCUUUUUCUAUUAUAAUUAUCAUUAUUAUCAUUAUCAUUAUCAUUAUUAUUUUAUUACUAAACAAAAACCUCAAACUCAAAAUUAUCUAAUCUAUCUUCAUUAUUUCUUUUUCUAUGCAUUCAUCUUUAUCUUUAUAGGGUAUAUACUUAAUUUUCAAUAUAUUCCUUAACAGUUGUCCCACUAAUUUUGCAGUAAGAUGUGCGACUGCGACCAU